AUGGACAACGCCUCCACGACUCCUCAGAUCACAUGCCCUUCUCAUCCAAUAUGCGAGAUCCUUCGCUGCAACAUCUGUCUGGAAAAGAUCUACAACACGCAGUGUUGGACAACUCCCGACACCAUUCUCGUUGUAGCAUUCGUUACAAUUAUGGUAUCGCUGUACUGGAUUCUCGCUCCAAUCGUCUCCAUCAUCAAGAAGAUCAUAAAAAUAUACUGUAAGAUACAGUUCCUCCUCUUCAAAAGCAUCAUCAACUACUUGUGGAAUUCGAGGAGAACAGAAGCUUCAGAGAGGAUUGACCCCACUUCUCAACCACAUUCGCGUGUACAAUAG